UUGAGAUAAAGAAAAAAUGGCGGUUGUGAAAAUGUGCAUAAAUUGCAAAAUAAUUUGAUAAAUAAUUCAAGAAGUUCUGCAAACCAACACACAGGUACCAGCCAAUAUUGAAGUAGCUGAACAAUACAAUAAACUAUUGGGACAAUGGUUACCCCAGAUAUGGAUGUGAUUAAGGAGGUGCCUGGCUACAAGGUCAUCCUGAAAGCCGUUCUAAGAGCACAGAUACAACAGCUGAUUGAACAGCUGGCCGUUACAACUGAUGAAGAGUCGAUCAUCUUAACAGCGAGCGUCGCUGACGGCACCCUGAGUCAUCUUGGUUCUGACUCAGCAAAAGGCUUUCUCGAGGAAAAUGAGGAAGUUAAAUCGCAGUUCCUCGGCUUUUGUUUAAAAAGUCACCAUAAACGAAAACAAGAAGAAGAGCAGAAAAAGCGUGACGAGGAGAUCAGAAAAGCCGAAGCUGAGGCCCUACAACAGCAACAGGCCUACCAACAAUCGAUCCGGUACAUGUCGCCCCAAACUGGCGUGCCCAGAAUGCGGCAGCAGUUCCGAACACCGGGAGGUGGGGUCAGACAUCAGCCCUACCCCCUCACGCGCCCAAUCAGGGCAUCUUCAUCGCCUAUUCAUUCACCAUUGCAGUCCCCCAUUAAAUCCGCGGUCAAGCUUGAGCCUCAGGAUGAAUCAUCGAACCUUAGUGGCAGUGACACUGGAAUUAGUGGUGCUAGGAAUCCUAAUGAUGACACAACUUCAGAAUCUGGUCAGGAUGGGCAGGGUGGCUCAGGUGAUAAUGCACAGGGAGCUGGUGACAUGAGUAUUAAACUUGAAGACAUUGAUGAAUCAGAGUUAGAUGAACUUGAAAUUACGGGUGUUGAACCUGGUCAGCCCAUGCCCCCGGCGCAAGAUUGGAGUUCUAACAUGCCCAUGGGAAUGGGCUUCGAUCCGUCAGGCGGGGCGUCCGGUUCUCAGGCAGAUAUGGCGGCUCAGCAGGGAUACAGUAAGAAGCUGUACAGUUGCCAGUUUUGUGGACGGAACUUUCCAGCACCGUCAAAACUGGCUGGGCAUAUCAGAAUUCAUACCGGAGAGAAGCCGUAUAAAUGUUCAACCUGUGGAAGAGAUUUUACCCACAAACAUUCUAUGUUGAACCACAUGUAUAAUGUGCAUGGUCAAGUGGUCAAGGUUAACAAAGAAUGACUACCACAAACAUUCUAUGUUGAACCACAUGUAUAAUGUGCAUGGUCAAGUGGUCAAGGUUAACAAAGAAUGACUACCACAUACAUUCUAUGUUGAACCACAUGUAUAAUGUGCAUGGUCAAGUGGUCAAGGUUAACAAAGAAUGACUACCACAUACAUUCUAUGAUGAACCACAUGUAUAAUGUUCAUGGUCAAGUGGUCAAGGUUCACAAAAAAUGACUACCACAUACAUUCUAUGAUGAACCACAUGUAUAAUGUUCAUGGUCAAGUGGUCAAGGUUCACAAAAAAUGACUACCACAUACAUUCUAUGAUGAACCACAUGUAUAAUGUGCAUGGUCAAGUGGUCAAGGUUCACAAAAAAUGACUACCACAUACAUUCUAUGAUGAACCACAUGUAUAAUGUGCAUGGUCAAGUGGUCAAGGUUAACAAAAGAAUGACCACCACAAACAUUAUAUGUUGAACCACAUGUAUAAUGUUCAUGGUCAAGUGUUCAAGGUUCACAAAGAAUGAUCACCACAAACAUUAUAUGAUGUACCACAUGUAUAAUGUGCAUGGUCGAGUGGUCAAGGUUCACAAAGAAUGACCGCAAUUCUGGCUGCCCUGUUUGUCGCUGAUCUUCUCUGAUUUGAAUUUUCAUAACCAAUAAUUGAAAUUCCUUGACUUAAACAAGAGCAUGGUUUGAAUGAUUCUUGUGUUAAACAAACGUGUUAAUUAACAAGGGCAGACUUAUUCCAUUUUUGUUAACCUAUUAAUUUUUCCAAUGCUAAUUACUAUCUGCAAGUUCUUGUACUUGACGAAAACGUUGAGUUAAUAAAACAGUUAAAAACAGGGGCCAUAUUUAUUAAUCUUUUGUGUCUGAGUUUAAGACUCGGGCCAGAAAACUGAAUACUUUAAUGUUUCAAAAUAUCUAUGAUAUACCUACUUUUGACAAAAGGUGUGUGCCUGAUUGUAUCUAAUAAGUAUGUGUAACACAUACAUCAUUUUUUACCAUCUUUGCUCCUAUUAUAGCAUUUUUACAACAACAUUAAUAUUUAGCUUUUCUGAGUGAAUCUAGUGACAGAACGGGACAUAUUAAACGUGUUUGUUCAUACAAAAUAUUGAAUAAACGCUUUUCUGAGCUCAUGUUUUCUUUCUGACUGAACUUUGGAACUGAUAGGUUUGGUAUACAGGCUCGUAGUCAUAGUCACGUACUGCAGAUAGACAUUUGAUUGGUUUAUAGUAACUGGUGAAAAAAUAUUGACCAAUCAAUCAAGGGUUAGGGUAAAUUUAUCCAAGCUGAAGAAUUAAUCAGUUUUCUACCAUUAAAAGGCUCUACAAAACAGAUAGAUAAUGAUAGACGGUUUUUAUAUCACAACGUUGCGUAAGUUAGCAAUGUUGUUGAUGUCAUCAUUGUUAACUGUUAAAUCUUCGCUGCUCUUGAAGUUUAAUGGAUGGGCUUGUGAUCUCAGUUUUUCUAACACAAUUGAACUCAAGUGUUUUAUCUAGACAUGCUUUACUUAAAUAUAUGAGUAUAUCACAAAAUAGUUCAUGCUUUUGACGAUGUUGUGAACUUAAACAAAGUUCCGAUCAAUCUACCCGUUAUGUUAUAAUUAUGUCUUGUAGAGUUAUGAUAAAUCUUGCAUAAAUCUGUGGUGUUUAAAUACCUUUUCCUUACUAAGAUGUUAAAAUGUUUCUUAAAUUUGUUUUAGAUCUCACGCAUGUACAACUCUUGCAGACAAGGAGAAAUAUCAAAACAGAUUCUGUUUAUUUCUCUUUCAAUGGAAGUUAUUUCCCUUUGCAAGUGCCAUUUAAACAUGUAAGAUAU